AUGCUCUUUCGUGGUGGGAUCGAGACGUUGCCAAGUCCGGGCCAGUGUGGAGAGCGCGUAAUUGGACCGAGGUUGAUCACAAGCAAGUAUCUUGUUGAUAAGCUAGGGCUGGUAAAAACUGCCCAUCCUCGGCCAUACCGUCUCAAAUGGCUCAAUGAUGAGACUGAACUCAAGAUUGCCGAACAGGUUGUUGUGUCAUUCAGUAUUGGCAAGUACCAAGAUCAGGUCAAGUGUGAUGUUGUGCCCAUGCAAGCCGGCCAUAUACUUCUAGGAAGGCCGUGGCAGUUUGACAAGGAGACUCUUCACCAUGGACGCACCAACAUCUAUAGCUUCGUCCACAACAACAGGAAGCACAGCCUAGCACCUCUCAGCCCUCAAGAAGUUCAUGAUAUGCAAAAGGCCAUGACGCAGUCCGGCCAGGUGCUACUAAUGAUCUUUAAGGAAGGUUGCUAUGCAGGUCUAGAAGCUCCUGAAGUACCGGACGUAGUACAAGAUCUCAUGGGACGUUACAAGGACGUCUUUCCUGAUGAGAUUCCAGCCGGUUUACCCCCUGUCCGUGGCAUAGAACAUCAGAUAGACCUUGUACCCGGCGCGCCACUACCAAACCGAGCUGCUUACCGUGUCAACCCUGAGGAAGCCAAGGAACUGGAGCGGCAGGUCCAAGAUCUCAUGGACAAAGGCUACAUCCGCGAGAGCCUUAGUCCCUGUGCGGUCCCGGGACAGGAAUAG